UAUGCCAAAAUGUGGAGUGACAAACUUUUUUUAAUAAUUUCUUAUUAAAUCCUGCUAUUCAAAUGUUACUUAGCAUCUGUUAAACAUGUAAAUCAGUAGGUCACCAUCUGACAUAGAGGAUUUUCCUUUCAGUUCCCCUCCUCUCUCGCUCUCUCUCUCUCUCUGUCCACCCCGCCUCCUCUAUCUCUCUCCCUCUCUCGUCCCUCAGUUCUCAGAGUCGCUGGUUCAGGAUGGAUGUCUCGUGUGCGCACAAGCCAUCACUGAGUGCCGGACUGCGCCGCAUCCCGACGGCAGCGUGUGCAUGAGUGUGCGCGUGCAUGCCCGUGUGCAUGCGUGAGAGAGGAGAGUUGCGGGGGAGACGCGAGCGUGUGUGUGUGCGCGGGUGCGAUCGGGGCAAAUCUCUGUGGAAUCUCUCACGCUGGAUGUUUAACCAUCACAGGAGGCUCGACUGACGGCACGUCUGCUCUCACGGACGAACUCCAGACAUGGCAGACCCUCUCACCGGGCUGACAUCUGUUCUCAAACCCUGACACAACCCUGCACCGCCGAGAGAGACGACAUGAGCUGGUCAUCUCUCCCUCCUCUUCAUCACGAUCCUCAUCACUGAUCUCUGUCUGGAGGAACAAUGGUGAGCAAGGAAGCCGGCAAAUGCGUGCUCACCAAUUCCGAGUCCGACUCGGAGGCAGCGACGGCUUCUAUGGCCCUGGAGGUCAAAGGGCCGUCGGACGACAGUCGGCACGUACGCAAGCGCAACAAAGCCCUUCAGGUACGCUUCAAGGACAUCUGCGAUGCCCAAAACGAACAGGCGGCUGCGGCUCGUGGAGGGAAGCCCGUCUCUUAUAAGGUGGCUUAUCGCAAGUACAUGACUGUGCCGGCUCGGCGGUCUAUUCCCAACGUCACCAAAAGUACUGGAGUGCAAACAUCGCCGGAUCUUAAAAAGCGUUACCAGACUUUUCCAUUCGAGAGAAAGAAAGGCCACACGGUCAAGCACGCCGCUGCUGUGGAAAGCAGUAAAGAUCAUGAUGACGGGUUUGUUAUUGACGUAAAGCGUGCAAAAGCUACAGAAGGGGGGGGACAUAACGUGAGAAAAACCCGAGCAUUAUUGCACACCAGCAAGUGCAUCGCAACCAUCGAACAACAUCCACCAACCAGGGACUGUACAGAAAGAGCAAACGCACUGUGUUCGGACGCUUUGGUUUUACCUUGUCCGACAGACGGGACAGCAGCGGGAACGGACAACUCGGACUAUCAGAUCUGUAGCGUUAGAAGUAAACACAGCAAGGGCUUCCAGACGGAAUCGGAAAUGGAUCGCUCAGGCAAGCUGCAGUUGUUGAACUCCACGGACAGCAGUGGGAAUAUCCUCCAGGACACGUCAUCUAAAGUAUCAGGACCCAUCACGUGGAACUCUCUUACGCAAGUGGAAUGCUUGGAGAGUCCGACCGAGCGCAACAAACGCAAAAAGGCACUGCAUCUCAACGGCCUGCAGGCGCAGACGUUGCCACGGGCCAGCUGCACGACGCAGGUUCAAUGCCACGUGGGCACACUGUCCGCUCGCCCGCUGCGUGCCAUGGAGGAUGCGGCUGUAGCCUCGGUCACCAAUGCACCCGUUCCCAUGCCGGCGCCUCCUUGCAGAGCCGGCGCAGCUUCAGGAAAUCUACAAACGGAUAAUGAGACGUGCAAGCAGAUUGUACCCGUCCAUCAGGAUGGGGAUGUUAAAGCACAGCUCCAGGCCAUGGAGAACAUGAUCAGCUCCAGCCAGGAAACCAUUAAAGUACUGCUGGGUGUCAUUCAAGAGCUGGAAAAGGGAGAAGCUCACAGAGAGGGACUCUCCUAUCGGACCGGACAGGACACGGUCAACUGCGACACGUGUCGGAACAGCGCAUGCAUUAUUUACAGUGUGGAGCUGGACUUUAAACUGCAGGAAGAUAAACUACAACCACUGAUGAAGAGACUUUGUCCCGUGGAGGAAUCUCUGUUCCCCCCUCUCUCGUACCCUCAGGAGAUCAUCAGCUCCACACCCAAACGCAAGUCCAAAGCCGAGUCAAAGAAACAUGCCCGCUGGAAACUCUGGUUUCUGUCAUGAACAACUCACAAACCUCUGCAGGAUUACACAGCGUUCUGCUCGACUUUAUUUACUUCAUAAGAUGGAGUUUAAUGACUGGAUGCAGCGUUUCAGAAGCAUCGAUUCCUCUUGCUUUGUAACACCUGUUUUGAUCAGGAUAGUUCACAUUUGCUUUUAUUGCCAUCAGUACUUUUAAUAUGGUUGCACUUGGAUUGAGUACACAUCAGCUAGCAUACAGAACGUGUAUACUUGGGGGAAAAAAUAAAAUUUGCUUAAGAAAAAAAGGACUGUAAUGAAUCCUCUCAUGCAGAACAGCGUGAAAUUAUUUGAAGCUGAGACGGCCUGGAUCAAUAACAAAUCCUUCUUUACAAAAUAUAAUUUCUUCUCCUGAUUUUUAUAGACGCUCCUGCUGAGAAUUUGGAAAAUCAGGUGGAUGUUUUAAACAUAAAAGGCAAUUUUAAUGGAAGGAUGCAAGCUUUUAUUCAGUCUCUUCUCAUGGAAAUUACAACAUUAAAGCAAAGCACAAGUCUUCUGACGCACUGGUGAUAUCUCACCGAGGACUUCUUUAUGGAUUUUAAGGAAUAACAUGAGAGGGACAACUUUCCAGAGGACAUAAUGACUUCCUGACCAACGGUGAAAUUCAUAGCAAUGCCUCAUUCAGGAUUUAUAUGGAAAUAAUCGCUACAAGCCUCUGUGAAUUUACGAACUUUCAUAUACUAUUAUUACUUGGAAAAAUAUGAAAAACAGUAUGACUUAUUUUUCUAGAUUCAUAUUAAUCAAGCAUUUAAAGAUUUUCUAGAUACACUAUAUAAACUUGUAACUCGCUUAAAGGUUUAUUGGAUUAUUGAAAUUAUAAGAUACACUUUAACCCUUAAAGUUUAUUUCAACUUUGUUUUUAAAAAAUACAACUAUGUAUGAUUUUGGGGGGAAAAUUUGACAGGAAAUCUCAACCAAUCACCAUAAAGUGUGUGAUGAUUCAGCGCUCACUUCCAUUCAUACAUGCACGGUUGAGGAUGUUACAUACAUGACCUCCGACCUGCAGAUCUGUAACCAUGUCAAAUUAACAUCUUUGCACAACACAAAAAAAUACAAACAGGGCUACGUGGUUUGUAAAUAAGGGAAGUGAUAAGUAAAUAAUAAGUUUGUUUUUGAAUUUAUUAGGCUAUUAUUCAUAAAUUCCUGUUUAUUAAACCAGAAACCCUAGAAUGUGACAUCACAUCAAAGUCGCCAGACAGAGAGAGAGAGAAAGAGAUCGAGAGACAUUUAGUUGAUGAGAAACAUGGCUGAAUUUCACAUAACACACCUGAAAACCAUUAUGGCUGUACGUUAAUAUUAUUUUUGUGAUUUAGUAAUAAAUUGCCAACAUACACAACAUUAAAUAUUAAUAAUAAUAAUAAUAAUAAAAUGAACAAAAUAAGUCUAAUUUGCUUAAAAAAAUAAUAAUUUCUUAUUCUUUCCUCUGCUUGUAUGUGAGCAAACACAAGCUGUCCUGACAUUCAUGCAUAUGCACCAGAGAGAAAUCAAUCAAACAACAGAAGAAACUGAUAGACAGAUGAAAGUAUCACGCACAACCUUAAUCUUCUUUACGAAACAAUCCUUACACAUCUCUUAAUCCUUCAGCUAACACAAAUCACAGUUUACAAGAAAUAGACGCCUUGUUUUCUUCUAACAACAUUAAAGCCACAUACACACUGCAAUGUGACAAUCACGUCAUCAAUAUUGAAUUAGGAUUGUGUGCGGGUAAAUAAUACCAGAGUCCUGUUCACAGCGAUGACCACAGCAAACACACACGGCUACUCAUUAAACACUGGAGAUAUAUUAUCAAAUGGCCAUUGUUAGUAUUGACCAUCGACAUAAGCUGUGUGUUUGUUGAGACUUUAUAUAAACUGCUGCUGGUAACCAGCGUGCUCUCUCAGGACUGCAAUGUAUGUGUUACCCCAAAACCUCAAGACUGACUUUUUUUUAAACAAAAAUUAGUUGAGCAAGUAGGGGUGAGCGGGGCACAAACUAACACAUGGUUAGUUGUAACGCAGCUAAUUUACAUAUUUCAACAGGGCCGAGUAAUCUGUGCUUUUGGUCUUUUUCUAUUGCAGUCAGAAGAUCUCGUGUGAAUUUGUAAAAAGUUUUGAUGUGUUUUGGUUAAGAUAUUGAACGAAGAGUGUUUUGGAGGCAUAAAAGUACAUUUUUCGUCGUAUGUUUUUUCGAUUUCUGAGUUGGGUGCGUAAGUCACCAAAUCCAACCUUAUAUUACUUUAAUCACUGUCUUGUUACCUAAAACAUAACAGCAUUUUGAAACAUGUCAGCCACUGCUAGUAACUGAUAGCUGGGAUUGAAAACAUUUUACACAGCGGGGCUAGUUGUCACACAGUGUUACAAUGAAGCCUCAGGUAUACAAUGAUAAUAAAAUAAAAACAAUGUAAAUACUAUUCAUUAAAAAGAUAACUGUUAAUACAUUAUCUGGGAAAUAACUCACAAUUAUGAUUUUUUGUCUUCCCUAUCUAUUUAUAUCCAUUGAUGCAUUAAUACAAGGAUGAUUAGAUGAAGGUGUGGAUAUCUAUCUAUUAUAGGUUACAAUGAACCCCACCUAUGGGGUAACGUUUGCACUCCUGUCACUUUCGGUGUAACUGUAUGAUAGCGGUAGAUCCCACAAACAAAAUUUUAAGUGUUCAUUUGUAGCAGAGAUGUGUGUGUUGAUGGUGUAAAAAAAUGAUUAAUCCAACUUACAUAUUUUUUGAAUGAUAGAGCCGAAGUCAAAAAGCGUUAGGUUGUGCUCCGCUCUCCCCUAUAUAAAGAAUCAGUAUUGAAAUCUGUCUCCUACUGUACCUCAAAUUUCAAAGGUAAGCUUAUAAUAAUAAUUUAUAAUUUAAGCUGUCAGGAAUUAAA